AUGACUGAGCAAGAAAAACCACAGACUCAAACACAAACACAAACACCAUAUUCACAAAUGUCAUGGAUCGAGAAACUCCUUACACCAGGCAUUGGCGAUGGCAUCAUCAUGGCUCUUAGAUUUUGCUUUUUCCUUUUAAUGGUAUUUUUACUUAUUACAGUUUUCCUCACAUAUAACAUUCAUUUUGUUAUUAUGUCAAUCCUCUCAUUAUGCUUAUUCUUAUCUUUCGAAUAUUUGAUUGCAAAUCUUAAGAAGUACGACCUCUUAAAUCCAGAAGAAUCAAAGGAAAAGAAGGAACAAGAAGAAAAAGAAAAGGAGGAAAAGAAGGAUGAAAAUAAGGAAAAACAAGAUUAA